AUGUCUUGGAACGCUUCCAUCUACGGAGCUGAUGGCUCCUCUCUGUGGGCCACCACUAACAACUUCCAAUUGCAGCCAAACGAGGUGCAGGAGAUUGUCCGCGGAUUCUCCGAUCCUUCCCAGCUGUACGCAUCGGGUUUGCACAUCCAGGGCCAAAAGAACGUUUGCAUUCGUGCGGACCCGCGGUCAAUCUACGGCAAACACGAUGCCGAGGGCGUUUUGUGUGUGAAGACCAAACAGGCCAUUCUGAUCGCUCACUAUCCGUCCGGCGUCCAGGCCGGUGAGGCAGCCAAGAUUGUUGAACAAUUAGCCGACUACUUAAUUGGUGUGGGCUACUAA